CGCGCGGGGUGAUGAGGCGGCGGGGCGUCCGUGUUCACACACCGGCUCAGUCGACGGCUCCUCUUCAGUGCUCCGUUGGUCUUCGUGUUGUGCGUUUGCCCGUCCGUACACUUUGCGCGUCGCACGAACCGCGUCUCGCGCAAACAUUUUCCCCAUUAAUAUUUUACACUCUCGUAUUGUUUAUUCCGAGUGCGUGUGCGUGUCCGGGCUGCACUCUCUCUAUCUCACCGACGGAUUACUAAUCGUGUGCGUCGUGGCGUUCCCGUCCAGUGCCGUUCGAUUUCAUUCGUCGUUCCUCGGUCCCAGCAGUGUGUCUCCGAGCGUGCUUCGGUUCGUCCGGUCAUACGUAAUUGUUGUCUGUUCCGUCGUGUGCCGUCCGCACCGCGUGUCGACUUCUUAUCGAGUAUCGCCCGAUAAUCUGUGAAGAAACCGUUUGUAAAAUUUACGCGUGUCUGUGUCUGUGUGUGUGUGUGUGUGUGUGGUGCGAAUUGCCGUUCGAUCCCGCCUGCCGCCGAUCAAACCGAGUGACAUUUGAUUUUGCGGCCAUGAGCUGCUAACACGUCAUGUACGCCGCAGCCACGAUGAACGCAGCAGCUGUAGCGGCCGCUGCCCGGCACCCGGGCCCACCGCAGCCGGGGCAGCCGUUCAAGUUUACCAUUGGUGAAUCGUGCGACCGGAUCAAGGAAGAAUUCAAUUUCCUUCAAGCCCAAUAUCACACCCUGAAAAUGGAAUGCGAAAAAUUGGCCAGCGAGAAAAUCGAAAUACAAAGGCAUUACGUAAUGUACUACGAGAUGUCAUACGGCCUUAACGUAGAAAUGCAUAAACAGACGGAAAUUGCAAAGCGUUUGAACGCCAUCAUCGCGCAGAUAAUGCCUUUUCUUUCGCAAGAGCACCAGCAGCAAGUAGCGACGGCGGUGGAAAGAGCGAAACAAGUGACCAUGACCGAACUUAACGCCAUCAUAGGGCAACAACGUCCAGAUCUGCCCAGAUUAUUGCAACAAAUGCACGCGCAGCAGUUACCGCACGCGGGCCACGCGCCUCCGAUUCCGAUGAUGCCUCAUCCCGGACUUCCGGGACCGCCGGUGACCGCGGCAGCCAGCCUGCUGGGGCUAGCUGGAGCCGCCGGUUCCUCGUCUCAUCCGUUGGCCAUGUUGGGUUCCAAACCGAACGAUUUGCACAGGGGUGCCGAUUCGGAUAAACCGUCGUCGGCCAUCGGAAUGAGUUCAGCCGAAGAAAGACACAGAAGUUCCAUAUCACCUGCAGAAAGGGAGAAAUUUCGCGUCAGGAGCUCUCCGGAUAUUGAACCACAUAAGAAAGUGAAAAAAGAAGAAAAAGAUUGUCACGCGAGUGAUGGGGAAAAAAGCGAUCAAGAAUUGGUUGUUGACGAUGCCAGUGAGGACCCUGUCUCGCCGCUUAAUGGUACAGCUUCACCUAGAGAAAACGGAAUUGACAAGUUACAACCCAAAAAAGAACACAAUAUUGGACCACAUAGUCCACGAAGUGGGACUUCGUCCAAUGCAAGCACUCCAUCCACAAAGAAAUUAGAAGACAAACCCAGCACGCCAAUAUCGAAGUCAAUCACUCCGACAAGCGGUGGCAGUGGUUGCAGCGGAGCCGCCGGUUCCUCGAUGAAACCCAUGGUUAAAGGACCUUCCUUAGCACAAUACCCGCAUUACCUGGCAGGCGGUGCAAAUCCACAUGAUCUUCAGGCGGCCGCAGUAGCUGCCGGCGCUUACGGCGCUUUGCACAAUAAUUUGCCACCGGCGGCCGGUUUGAACAGUUACCCGAGACCGGCGUUGGUCGGUUACGAUCCUCAUACACAAAUGAGAGCACCGCUCGGACCGGGACUGGGAAUUCCUGGCGGAAAACCAGCUUAUUCGUUUCACGUCAGCGCUGAAGGCCAAAUGCAACCCGUGCCUUUUCCGCCCGAUGCUCUGAUGGGUCCUGGCAUCCCUAGACACGCCCGUCAAAUCAACACUCUUGGGCACGGUGAAGUCGUGUGCGCUGUGACCAUCAGCAACCCCACCAAGUACGUGUAUACCGGCGGAAAGGGCUGCGUCAAAGUGUGGGACAUCAGUCAACCCGGAUCCAAGUCACCCGUAUCUCAACUAGACUGUUUGCAACGUGAUAACUAUAUAAGAUCUGUAAAACUUCUGCCGGAUGGCCGGACGCUUAUUGUCGGCGGAGAAGCAAGUAAUUUGAGUAUAUGGGAUCUAGCCUCGCCGACACCGAGAAUAAAAGCUGAGCUAACAUCUAGUGCGCCUGCGUGUUACGCAUUAGCUAUUAGUCCAGAUUCAAAGGUUUGCUUUAGUUGUUGUUCGGAUGGUAACAUAGCAGUAUGGGAUUUACACAACCAGACUUUGGUAAGACAGUUCCAAGGGCAUACAGACGGAGCGUCAUGCAUAGACAUCUCUUCGGACGGUUCCAAAUUGUGGACAGGAGGUCUGGACAACACUGUUCGCUCUUGGGAUUUGAGAGAAGGUCGACAGCUACAACAACACGAUUUCUCGUCUCAGAUAUUUUCUUUGGGAUAUUGUCCAACUGGAGAAUGGUUAGCCGUUGGUAUGGAGAAUUCCAAUGUAGAAGUAUUACAUGCUCUAAAACCAGAUAAAUACCAGCUACAUCUACACGAAUCUUGCGUUUUAUCCUUACGUUUUGCAACCUGUGGUAAAUGGUUUGUGUCAACGGGCAAAGACAAUUUACUUAAUGCAUGGCGCACACCGUAUGGCGCUUCUAUAUUCCAAUCUAAAGAAUCUUCUUCUGUGCUGAGCUGUGACAUAUCAGCCGAUGACAAAUAUAUUGUAACUGGUUCUGGAGAUAAGAAAGCAACUGUUUACGAAGUUAUAUACUAGUAAAUAAUGCAAAAUGAGAAUUUCAUCUAUUCGGUGUUCAUUAGGUGUAGAAGAAAAACUCCAGGUGUUUAGCGUUUAUUGAACAUUUUUUUGUGAUAAUUAUUUCCAACCUAAUAUAAUGACUAUUAUGACUUAGCCUGUAAACUUUAAUUUACAUGUAGCAUAUAUAUAAAACAAAACAUAAUCUAAUAUAAAAAAUUUUUUUAUUGAAAAAAUGUAUGUAAUAUAAACAUUAUAAAUUAAUAUUUGAGAUAAAUUGUUUUAAUAUGUAACCUGUUAUUAACACUGGUAUUCAUGGCUAUUUAUGUUUCUAUCAAAGUCUCACUGUUUUUGAAAAUGGAUUCUGUGAUUUCCAAAAUGAUAACCAUGAAUACUAGUAUUUCAACAGUUUUGACUUUCAACUAUAUUGUGAAUAAUAUAAAAGUAAUAUUAUUAUUGUCCACUAUGUGAAUUCUCACAAAAUAUAUCUUUAAAAU